CCUGUUCAGAGACGUUAUUUUACACGUGGACCUUUCCCUUAUAAGCCACGUGGAAAAAAACCCAUUUAUAUUCCAAUCACAGACACGGACAGUCUGUAUAAUAAAAGGUCAUAUACUAUAAUUGUGAACAUAUACCUUCAAAAUGCAAUCGUAUUUAAAGUGUGUUUGUGUGAUCGUUCUUGGAUUUAACAUAUUGCAUUUGUGUCUGUCUUUACCCCCGCAUCAGGAGGCAGAAAACCAUCAGGGCGUUCCUCCAAGUGGGGAACCACAGCUAGGAAUUCAAGUUUUAGCACACGCUUCGGAUUGUCCGCGAAAGUCCAAGGAAGCAGACAUCUUAGUAAUUCAUUACGAAGGAUUUUUUGAUAACGGAACUAAAUUCGACUCCAGUCGGGAGAGACCAGGGGCAAUUCCGUUCCAGUUCCAACUCGGGGUUGGACAAGUCAUUCAAGGAUGGGAGAAAGGUUUGUUGGACAUGUGUGCCGGAGAGAAGCGCCAGUUAUCCGUACCCUCUAGAUUGGCCUACGGGGAACAUGGCUCAGCACCUAUCAUUGCCCCCAACUCUGAUUUAGUAUUUGAGGUGGAGCUGAUCCAGAUCCACGACGGUCCAAAGCCACCAAAUGUAUUCAAACUCAUAGAUAUCGACAACGACAACCACUUGACCAAGGAUGAAAUGAGUAUGUACCUGGCUAGACAAGCGCAUGCUCAGGGAAUCCCUGUGGAUUUGGCGGCAAAACAGCAAGAAAAAGUCCUUGACAACCUGUUCAAAUUUGAGGAUAAAAAUGGAGACGGGAGAAUUUCCCACGAGGAAUUUAGCGGUCCAAAACAUGAAGAAUUAUAAAGAUAAACGCCGAAAGCAAUUUCGGAAAAGACGAAAUAAAACUGUGAUAGGGACUGUUAAGUCUCCCGUACAUAUAUAUAUAUAUGUAUCUACAUCUUGUCCAUCAACUACCUUUUAUAUUCCAGGUGAAUGGGUAUUUAAAUACAAUGUUAAAGAA